CUGCUGGGGAGAGCCAUCAUGCCCAGUUUCGCUCAAGACGGCCAGAUCACCCUUGGAGGGGUUUUCUACCUCCAUGGAAAAACAGGCGAAACACAAAACCAAUUCACAUCCAAGCCCAAAAACGUGGACUGCUUAGGAGUAAAUUUCAGAGAGUUCCGACUGUAUGCCCAAACCAUGAUCUUUGCUAUUGAUGAGAUAAACAACAGCUCAGAGAUCCUCCCUGGUGUGUCACUGGGCUACAGGAUAUAUGACUCUUGCCCCAGCAUUCCCCUGUCAGUAAGGGCCUCAUUGGCUCUGAUGAAUGGCCAUGAGGAGGAGACAAAUGCCUGCCUGAAACCUUCCAAUGUGCAUGCUGUGAUUGGAGACACAACAACAACUUCAACUAUAGGUAUUGCAAGAACAGUUGGACCCUUUCAUAUACCCGUGCUCAGUCAUUCAGCCACGUGUGCAUGUCUAAGCAACAGAAAAGAGUUCCCCACCUUCUUCAGGACCAUUCCCAGUGACUACUACCAGAGCAGAGCACUGGCCCAGCUGGUCAAACACUUUGGUUGGAACUGGGUGGGAGCCAUCAGAACCAACAGUGACUAUGGAAACAACGGUAUGACCACAUUUCUCAAUGCAGCUGAGAAAGAGGGAAUCUGCAUAGAAUACUCACUGGCCAUAUACAGAACUGAUCCUAGACAAAAAUUCCUUGAUGCGGUUGAAACCAUUAAAAAGUCAACCUCUAAAGUUAUAGUUGCUUUUACGGAUGGCACAGAUUUGGAUAUCCUUAUCGAAGAGCUUUUUCUACAGAACGUGACUGGUUUCCAGUGGGUAGGUAGCGAAGGCUGGAUCACUUACAGGCAUAUCGCCUCCCCAAAGAGUUAUGCAGUAGUGGGGGGUGCAAUCGGCUUUGCCAUCCCCAGUGCGCACAUCCAAGGCCUGAGGGAGUUUCUCAUGGAUGCCCGUCCAUCCAGCAGGCCUGGAAAUACUGGUUUAGUGGAGCUCUGGGAGAGUGUGUUCAGCUGCACGUUGGCAUCAAGGAAGCAGAGCAGCAUGAAAUCCUGCACAGGAGAGGAGUCUCUAUGGGGAGCAGAGACCCGCUUCACCGAUGUGUCAGAUGCCAGCCUUCUUAACAACGUGUACAGGGCCGUUUAUGCUGUGGCUCAUGCGCUCCACAAUCUUAUCAUGUGCAGAAGUGGACAAGGGCCAUUUUGGAACAAAACUUGCGCAGACAGAAAAAACAUUCAACCAUGGCAGGUGCUACAUUACUUGACUAAGGUGAACUUCUCAACCACACAUGGGGAAAGAGUUAACUUUGAUCAGCAGGGAGACCCUGUAGCCAGAUAUGCUCUGGUGAACUGGCAGCUAGGUGCCAGGGGUGAUAUAGUGUUUGAGACAAUAGGACUGUAUGAUGCUUCCCUGUCAGAAGGACAGAAAUUUCUGAUGAAGGACACCAUCAGUGCUAUUUGGGCAGGUGAUCAGAGAGAGGUACCAAAGUCAGUGUGCAGUAACAGUUGUUGUCCUGGGACCCGCAGAGCAUUUGUGAAAGGCAAACCCAUUUGUUGCUUUGACUGUAUCCCCUGUGCAGAUGGCGAAUUCAGUAACACCACAAAUGCAGUGACGUGUGACCCAUGCCCUCCUGAAUACACUUCAAAUGAAGAAAGAAAUGACUGUAACUUGAAAACUAUUGAAUUUCUUACUUUCCAAGAACUUAUGGGGAUACUGUUGGUAACAUUUUCUAUAUUUGGGGGUUGUCUUACUAUGACAAUUGGGGGAAUAUUCUUCUGUUACAGACACACACCUAUUGUCAGAGCCAAUAACACUGAGCUGAGCUUCCUGCUGCUCUUUUCCCUGACCCUGUGUUUCCUCUCAUGA